GUAUUAAAAAGGAAAGAUUAUUAUUAUUGAAAAUAUAGUAGUGAAGACGCUUAUGGAAAGAUUACUAUUGAAAAUAUUAUUGAGUUUGGAUUUUUAAAGACCCAUUCGGCAUUUAUUUGAUAUUUAUUGAAAAUUUUUAAAGGCCCAUUAGUAUUUAUAUGGUAUUUAUUAAAAAUUUUAAAAGACUUAUUGUGUUUAUUCGAGAUUUAUUGGAGAAUUUAACAAUUUUUAUACAGUAAUAUAUUAAGAAAGAUUAGAUUGUUUUGGUAGGGAAAAUGAUCAAACAUCGAACCAAACCAGCCAUGAACACCCCUAAUUAUAAAUCCCAAAUGGUAAAACGACACUCUUUUAUGGGAAUGAUUAUUGCCAUAACUCAAAUUGUUAGAACCACCAAAUUUAGGACUUAAAUUCAGUAUUUAAUUAGGUGAACAAGGCUCCUCUGUUAGUCUUCUAACUUCAAUUGUUUUUCUUCUCUUUCAUUGUAUAUGCUAUCACCUCUUUCAUUGCCUUCCAUAUCAUGUUUCUUCGUUGUCCCUUUGGUAUCAAAACCCCAAAAAUAGUUUCUGUGUUGUUCCUUUUUCAACCUUCAUCAUAAACCCUAGAAUUCCUAUCUCAUGCUUUGAGCCCCUGAUUAUAGCAGUUUGCAGUGGGAUUUGGGUUCUGAAUCAAAUCAGAGAUCAUCUCAGACCCUUUCCCCAAAAGAGUAUCUUCAUCCCAAAGACUUUGAUCGGGGUCAAUUGACAUUUGAUUGCAGUAAUUUGAAGUUUCAUUUCAAGUCCAUAAUCCUCCCAACUCAUGUUGGCCUAUCAGAAAAGUGUAAAUCUCGGAGUUAGCCUAGGUGUCCUUCCCUUGGAAAUUUGGGCAACUGAAAAAGCUGGAUUGUGUAAAGGGAUACUGACGAUGUGGAUUCAUUCCUUGGUGUUCCAGGUUCUUUUUCCCUCUAUUUACCUGUUUCUGCAGAUGUUUAUGUGGUUUCAAUUUCAUAGAGGGAAAUCAUUUCUGAAGAGUUAUUUAUCAAUUAACCAUAAAUUAGUAGCAAUCAGGAUAUUAUUUCAUGAGCCUGGGGUAAUUUCCUUGAGUUAUGCUGUUAGAAUUGUUAGUAUUUUGUCUAAGAUGCUGUUGGGAAUAUUUCUAUUCAUUGAGAAAAUGUGUUUUUGCGAUUUUGGACAUUGUUUCUUCAUAUAUGAAGUAUGGAUGCAAAUGAAUUUGUAUGAUCUUUUGGGGGCAGAUGUAUGUAGGAGAACUGUCUUGUUUUAGAUUCUCAAUCCGAUAGCUCUUAUACUUAUGACUAGCUAGAUUGGGAAGAUUGUUUUGAAGGGCUACAUUGAUGAUUAUGGAUCCCUGGAGGAUAGUUUAAAAUAUGCGAUUGGCUAUUUUGCAAAGGAUUUUGGUGAUUUAGGUUGUUCUUUUCAGAAAAGAAAAAAUAUUUGUUAUAUGGUUACUUGUCUACUUGAUGAUGGCAUGAGAUUAAUGGUGGCAAGGAGUUGUUUUAGGGCAAUUUGGAGUGGGUGUCUCAGCUGGGAGAGCUAUGGGUGCAUGGCAGCAAGAUCUUUAUCUUUCCAUGUCAUCAUAUACUUACCCUGGUGGCCUUUCUUUUCCUCCACUUUUCGUUUUCGUCAUAAGCAGAAAUGGAUUCCUUGUAUGCUACUGCUCCACUGUGGUCUCUCUACCCCUGCUCAAUUUGGUUUUUUCCUCUGUUUCACUAGUAUGAGGUCUCUCCUCGGAGGUGCUGUGUUGCUUUGCACAACUAGCUAGUCUCAACUUCUUAGUUCCUCUCUAUGGUGCUGUAUUUCAGAUGACUAAAGGUGAAGUAGAUGAUAUGUUCUUCAAACAAAGCCAAUUAUUAGGAGUACGUACAGCUUCUGGUAGGAGCUCCCCCGUCCUCAUCUCCUUUUUGCAGGAUUUCAUCACGGUGUUUUGGUGUUUUGUUUUUGUUCCUGCUUUGUUCAAGUGCUAUUUUUCCCCUUCUGGUUCGUGUCCUUUGUCCAAGACUUUUGUAUGGAUCUUUUAUUUAGGCUAUAUAUAAGCAUGCUUGUUGGCCAAAAAAAAAAAAGUCUUAAGUUCA